AUGGUUCUCAAGGCUAGCUCGAUCCACACAAAUUUCCUGUCGAACGGUGAGAAGUACACCACCGACGAUGCUUCCGCUUCGGCUGCAGCUGCGCAGUCCGAGGGCGCUGCUCAGACGCCUACUUCGCGACCCACGCAGUCCCGCAAGGACAGCAUUUGGAGCCGAAAGAGCCGUGAACUGCCUCGCAAACAAGUCGAUCUGCCCGAGGGCGUCAAGAAUGACAACAUCAUCCUCGUGGUCUGGGACGGCGACAAUGAUCCCGAAAAUCCAAUGAACUGGUCCGUCGGCCGUAAGUGGCUCACCACUGCGCUUUUGUGCUCCAUGUGCCUCUUCAUCGGUCUCGCCACCGCCGCCUUCUCAACCGGCAUUGGCCCCAUGACCCAAGAAUUUGGCGUUUCCAACGAGGUCGGUCAGGUCGGCAUGCUUCUUUUCAACGGUGCUUUCUCAAUCGUUCCUCUCUUCCUCGGCCCCCUUUCCGAAUUUGUUGGUCGCAACCCCAUCUACCUGGGUUGCUAUGCCCUGUUCACCGUAUGGUUCAUCCCUCUGGCUCUCGCCAAGAACAUUCAGACAGUUCUUGUCGCUCGUUUCCUCAGCGGUGCAUUUGGUGCCGCGGGUACCACCAUCAUCCCAGGCACUCUUGCCGACAUUUGGAAGACCAGGGACCGCGGUCUUCCAGUGGCUCUCUUCUCUCUGGUCGCCGUCGCCGGUACCGUCGGCGCUCCUCUCUACUGUGGCUACAUCCUGCAAGAAAAGGGGUGGCGAUGGAUUCAGUGGGUCCAGCUCAUCGUCAAUGGCGCUGUCGUCGUUCUCGAAUUCCUGCUCCUCCGCGAGACCCGUGGCUCCGUCAUUCUCGCUCGUCGAGCCGCCAAAUUGCGAAAGCAGACGGGAGACCAGAGAUACCGAGCCCCUUCCGAGCUUGAGGCUCCUUCGCUCAAGGCACUCUUGCACGCCUCGACAACCCGAGCGGCUCUCUUGCUCGUCUCUGAGCCCGUCGUCUUCUGCUUCUCGCUUUACAUUGCCUACGCUUGGGCGUUGAUCUUUGCUUUCUUCGCUGCCAUUCCCAUCGUCUUCCAGGAGAUCCACGGCUGGAGCGUUGGCAACGGCGGUCUCGCCUACAUUGGCCCUCUGAUCGCCUGCUUCCUCGCCUUUGGCCUCUCGUUCCACGGCAAGUAUCUCUACGACCGCGCUCAGGCCCGCAACGGCGGUGUCGCUGUUCCCGAGGCACGUCUCUACUACGCCGCCGUUGGAGGCAUUCUGGCAACGAUUGGCAUGUUCAUCUUUGCCUUUACCUCGUACCAGCACGUUCACUGGAUCGCUCCCGAGAUCGCCCUUGUGCCGCUCGUCAUGGGUAUCUAUCAGAUCUUUGAGGCCAUUCAGAACUACCUCGCUGACGCUUACGGAUCCGAGUACGGUGCCUCGGCCAUCUCGGCGCAGGGCUUUGUUCGCAACGCUCUCGCUGCCUCCUUCCCGCUGUUCUCGGCCCAGAUGUUCCACAACCUCACGGUGCCCUAUGCCGGUCUGCUGCUCGCGUGUCUACUGGCCCUGGCAGUCCCUCUGCCCUUUGUUCUGAUCAAGUACGGCGCUCAGAUCCGUGCUCGAUCCAAGUACGCUGCUUCUGACGACACUGAGGACGGCGGUCCCGUCAUUGGAGCGCGACGCGGCGAUGUUGAGAACAAGGCUGCCACGACCAACUCGAGCGGCUCGAUCAACACGACUCGAGCGCCCACGCCUACGCAAGGUCUCGAGGAUGGUUUCAAGACCAAGGAGAAGGCUGACGCGGUUGCCACCGCUGAUGCCCAGGCUUGA